AAAACCCUGAAAAGAAGAGUGGGAGGAUCUGCUCUUCUUGUGGUUCUGGGCAAUGAGCACAGUUUUUCAAGAGACAGCAGCAAAAUUCUCUGACUUAGUAGACGACAGGUAAAGAAAGAAGCUCAAAAGUGGCACAGUCAUUAUGUGGCUCCCUCUGCUGGUGCUGUUGGGUCUCCUCUUCCUAUACAGACGAUAUAGACAUGGUCUGAUCCUGGACAAUCUCACAGACAAAUAUGUCUUCAUCACUGGAUGCGAUUCUGGAUUUGGGAACCUGGUUGCAAGAAAUCUGGAUAAACGUGGAAUUAGGGUUCUGGCUGCUUGUCUGACAGAGAAUGGAGCGGAAAACCUAAAGAAGGAGACCUCUAGCAGAGUGAAUACUGUAAUUUUGGAUGUUACCAACACCCAGAGUGUUCAGGCAGCUGUAAAGUGGGCAUAUGCAAUUGUUGGGGACAAAGGAGUCUGGGGCCUAAUAAACAAUGCUGGAGUCAGUGUCCCAUGCAGUGCUACUGAAUGGAUGACAAAAGAAGAUUUCUUUAAAAUCAUAAAUAUAAACCUACUGGGGGUCGUAGAUGUGACAAUCCAUUUCUUACCCUUGAUCCGGAAAGCUCGGGGACGAGUGGUCAAUGUAUCCAGUAUAGCAGGAAGACUAAGUGUAUGUUCUGGGGGAUACUGUCCUUCCAAGUAUGGAGUAGAAUCUUUUACAGACAGUCUGAGACGUGAAAUGAAGCCAUUUGGGGUCAAGGUAUGCAUGAUUGAACCUGGAUUUUUUGAUACACGAAUCACAAGUAAGGAAAUGUUAAGAAAAUCUGCUGAAAAAUGCUGGAACAGCACUUCAGAGGAAGUGAAAAAAAGCUAUGGACAGGAGUUUUUUAAGCUUUGUAUGGACUCUCUUGACAAAAUCACAGCAAUGGUUAACACAGAUUUGUCUGUGGUCACAAACUGCAUGGAGCACGCUCUGACAGCGGUUCACCCCUGGACACGUUAUUCUGCAGGAUGGGAUGCCAAACUUAUCUAUUUGCCACUUUCCUACUUGCCUACAAUAGUCUCCGACUAUAUAUUAUCUAUUGGACAACCCCAACCAGCAGAAGCUAUCUGAUGAUUCUAUUAAAAUUAAAUUAGUUUUCACUUUAGAUUAUGAUGCCCCAACAUAGAUGUGUAGUCUUAUUGUUCAUAUCAACACAAAUUAUUGCUAGAAUUAGCAUCUCUUCUCAUGCACAAUAUACAAAACCUACAAAAAGCACUGCAGCAGACGUGAAGUAUGCAAAAAUACAAAGCAAAAUGCAAUACAAUAAGUGCAAUAAGUAAAGGGCAUGCAUGCAGUAUCAGUACAUCUUAUAUAUACGUAAAGUGCAAAUUGAAUAUGGCCACUGCCAAACAAAAGUGCAAUAAGUAACAUAUAGCAGCAAGACAGCAGUAAUAGCCACAUAAACAACAUAAGCAGCUGCGAGACGUCCACCCCUAUGAUCGUUUCGGAGCUACGUCCUUCUUCCGGGGCUCAUACACAAUAUAGCACAGGCAGAAUUUUUGUCAAAAUGUGGACCUUUAUAGAAGCAAGGACUGUGUAAUGCACUAAAAGAGAAAGCAAUGUUACAAUAUAUAGUUUUAUGCAAAGUUUAAAUAUAAAAUAAUAUAUGUAUAUGUGUGUAUAUGUAUGUAUGUAUAUACAUAUAUAUAUACACACACACUGUAUGUGUGUUUCAUGUCACUAACAAUAUUUAAUCGUGCACAUAACCAUUACAUAUGUCCUUAUGGACUAUUUUUAUAUUUAAAGAAAUAAUGUUCAUUAGAUUAGAUACCUUAGCUUCUUACCAUCUUCCUUACCCCCUUAUGCCUUAUGUUCAGUCAUACUGUGGUGGGAUACUAGCAUGCUCUUUCAGGGAGACAUAAAUCUCACAAAUUACCGUAUUUUUCGCCGUAUAAGACGCACUUUUUCUUCCCCAAAACUGGGGGGAAAAAGUUGGUGCGUCUUAUACGACGAAUACACCCCUAUCGCGGCGGUCCCUGAGGCCAUCAACGGCCGGGACCCGCGGCUAAUACAGGACAUCACCGAUCGCGGUGAUGCCCUGUAUUAACCCUUCUGACGCGGCGAUCAAAGCUGACCGCUGUGUCUGAAGGGAAAGUGACACUAACCCGGCUGUGCAGCCGGGCUGUUCGGGACCGCCGCGAUUUCACCACAGCGGUCCCGAACAGCCCGACUGAAAAGCCGGAUUAGUGCUUACAGGACACCGGGAGGGACCUUACCUGCCUCCUCGGUGUCUUCUCCGUUCAGGGAUCCCCUGUAUGGCCGGCGCUCUCAUUCCUCGUCAUCACGUCGUCGCGUACGUGCGUUGGCGUGCGUAACGACGUGAUGACGGAGAGCGAGGAUACCCGGCCGGCAGCAGAGACGUUCCGGAGCGACGGGGACACGGCGACAGCGAUGAAGCGACAUCCAGGGCAGCGGUGACAGGUCCGGAGCGGCGGGGACACGUGAGUCUUUCCUCCUAUGCAGUGGUCCGCAGCUUGAAGACCACUAUCCUAAAAAUAGGGUGCGUCUUAUACGCCGGUGCAUCCUAUAGGGCGAAAAAUACGGUAUUAUAUAGGAAGAAAUUUUGAUAGACAUGGAAUGGAAAAACGAAAAUAAGGAAUUUUAUUUGAACUUGUACAUGAACCUGCUUACACCACAUCUAAAAUGUCUGUCUAUUGACAACAUGGAUGCCAUACUUUUGAUUAUCAGGCCCUUUGGUUCAUUUUACAUAUAAAAGUCCUGAUAUCCCCCCAGUCCAGUUUUAAUAUUCAAUAUUAGAAUUUGUUUGUGGAUUGGAGAACUUGUAAUUUAACUUGUAAUAAAUUGAACUUGUAAUAAAUGAACCACAACUUUGAGUAUUUUUACGACACAUUCUCAAUGCACAAACUUGAACUCAACUUCAAGUGUGUUAAUUGUUAUGUAUUAGUUGAAGAAAAUACCAAUACAUUUAAUUAAAUUUAAAAUUAUUUAGACAACCACUGUAAAGAGAAAUUGUUUUUUUGUUUUAAUGUUUUGUCAUUAAUUUUAAGGAAACGUAAUCUCUGGUCAUAUUGUAUUUUUUUGGUGCUCAAAGUGAUGGUUUCCUUGCUUGUCUGCCACUUGGCUACUCAAAUUAGCAUGGGGGGUUUUGGAUUCCUAUAUUCAUAUCUGGGAUCUUGAUACCAUGCUUGUGUAAUGAACUGGGGCUGAAGAAUCUUUUGGGCUCUUCUGGAUACAUCUUAGAGUUAGCUGGGUUGGCUCCUACUUCUUGUCUCGGUUAGCUUAAUCCCCAGUCUCACGUCUGGAUAACACGUGAUGCCAUCUUGGGCUUUAUCUAGGUUUAAGAUAACAACAAGACAUUAUGAGUAACAACAAACAUAGACUGUAGCACACAUACACCUGCCUUAGGCCAUAGGACUUAAGCCAUAUAUUAGCUAGAGGCUAGCUAGAGGAUACUUAUUUUUCUGCCAAAGAAAAACAAACUACCUAAAAUAAACAAACACAAAAAAGCAUUAUUAUUAUUAUUAUUAAUAAUAAAGGGGUGCCAGAGAACUUCAGUGAAAAACUACCUGUUAAAUGGGCCGAAGAGCAAGAGGCAGCGUUCCGAGCUCUUAAACGUCAGCUGACAGAACCACCCAUCCUGUCGUAUCCAGACUACAGUUGGGCAUUCCGGCUAUAUACUGAUGCCAGUUUGUACGUCUGAGAGCUGUACUGUCCCAAGUGCAAGAAGGGCAAUAGCAUGUUAUAUGCCAGUCAUAACCUGCGAGGAGCAGAAAAAAACGAUGCAAACUUCUCGCCCUUGUAUGGGCCGUGACUGAAAAGGUCCAUUGUUCUACAGGGUACACCCCUUUCUACCUGAUGAUGGGGUGGCAUGGGCAGCUGCCGAAAGACCGGAUGUUUGGGCUUCAGGCCCCAUUCAAUCGGAAAGUACGUCUGGCCUAUGUAUAGCGUCAGGUGACCUGGACGCUAUACGUAGGCCGGACGUACUUUCUGCCCCCACAUUGCCGGAAAUACCUUUACCUGUGCCGCACGUGUGCGUCUCACGCGCAGCACUUGGGUCCUGCAAUGCGGCUGCGCUGUUCACGCUUCAUUGUUUGAGGGCACCCGCUCCUCCCAUUCAGGUACUGACUAUGAGCUAUCACAGGUGUACUUGCUGGCCAAUUAUGCUCUGUCUGACCCCAUGACAGUUUUGGAGCCCAUGAUUGGCUCACUAUGUGUAUAUAUUGUAGACACCCACCCAGAUUACGCCCCGGAAGAAGCCUUAAUUGGUGAAACAUUGGGUGACGGAGGUCUGGCAUACAUUGUUAUUUGGUCCACUUGGUAAUGAUUUUCACACUUGUAUUUGUGUUAGGUUGUUUUUCCUUUUGGC